GUGUGUGAGUGUGUGUGGAUGGUGCUCCUGACAUUCCUCCUUCACCCCUGCUUUCCCGGCUUGGUGGGGUCCUUUCACUACCGCCUGGGGACACCACUUCUGCAGUAGUGGCUCCUGUGACCUGUGGCCUAUUUUGGAGAAGUGUAAAUACUCCCACAGCUGCCGUUAAGCUACUAAUGGGGCAUCGUUGAACUCAGAGUUGGAAAGAGAUAUUCUGCCUCAUUCUGUGCUACCUGGCAGAGAGCUCCAUCUCAUCUCAUCAUCACGACCCUGGCACAGCCUCAGCAUGGCCAUCUCAUCACGCCUCGCCCUGUGGGAGCAGAAGAUUCGGGAAGAGGACAAGAGCCCUCCACCAUCCUCGCCCCCUCCCCUUUUCUCUGUCAUCCCAGGGGGCUUUAUUAAGCAACUGGUUCGGGAGACUGAGAAAGAGGCCAAGGAAGCAAGACAGAGGAAAGAGGCCGCCCUCGCCUCUCCUGAACGGGAGACCCCAGAAAUCUCCACCAGCCAACCCAACAGCAGGUCCAGCAGUGGUACCAGAUCGGGAAGCCAACAGAUUUCCCAGGACAUCCAGCCAAGCUCUCCUGGGAGCUCAAACAUUCUGGGCAAGGAGAGUGAAGGGGUGGGCAGCACCAGCCCUGUGACGAUGACCACCUUGGAUGGGGAGAAGGCCCAGGAGCUGGGUUCUGGGGGAGCACCAGGCAAAAAGACCCUACCCUUCAAGAGAGGUGUCAGGAGGGGUGACGUGUUGCUGAUGGUGGCCAAGCUGGACCUGGACGCAGCCAAACCGGAGCAGAGGACCCCACCCCGUGAUGAACUCCCUUGCAAGACCCCACCCCCAGCCACAGACCCUGGCGGGGAAAGAAAAGGGAAUACCCCAGGGACUCCUAGUGGCCCCCAGGCCAGCACUGAGCAUUUGGGCCCCAAAGCUGAGAAGACCCGGACUGGGGAUGUUGGGGACCCAGACCAAGGAUCUGCGCUGCUGACCAAAGGCAGGAAGGGUCAAGGCACAGUGGGAAAGGGGGAUGGGCUCCCCCAGACCAAAGGGCCCACUGGGAGUGAGCCCCAGAGCAAAGACCAGGAAGGGACUGGGCCCGCUGAAGGGGAGCUAUCAAGGGCAGCAGAGAAGGUGGGAGGGGACUUUUCAGACAAUGUGGAAAAGGGGAACAUCUCCAAGGGUGCCGGGAGCGAAAGGAAGCAUGCCGUCCCCCAAAUCCAGGUGAGAAAGUGGGGCAGUUUCCUGGGCAGAAGGAGCAAGUGGGAAGGUCUCCAGAGCAAGUCAGACAAGGAAGGCGAGCUCCCGAGUAAGGCGGAGAAGACGAGUGAGCCCCAGGGCAGGGUGAGGGAGCCUGGCAAAGAGCAGGAAGGCAGGGAGAAGGCAGGUGGGCGCCCGAGUGAGGCUGCGAAGGCAGGGGAGCCCGGUGGUGAGAAGGGCAAAGUGGGACAACUUCAGAGCAGGUCUGGGGAGGCCGGUGGAGCCCAGAGUCCAACAGGGAAAGGCUCCAGGGAGGUGGAUCUAAGGAAAACGCCUUCUGGGAAGGAGGGUCAGCCUGAAAGCCCAGAGCAGAGAGCUGAGGAGCUGUGCGCCAGGACCAGGGUGGGUGAUGGGGCUGGCGCCAGGGAGCUGGCGGGACCCAGGCAGCCUGCGCUGGAGAAGUGCACAGAAAGGCCUGCGAAACAGGCGGAGAACCGAGCCGGGCCUGCCCCGCAGGAGGAGGGCGCAGGGAGCCGGAGUGGAGAUUCAGACCAGGCUCCUGAGGACAGAUGGUAUGAGGCAGAGAAAGUCUGGCUGGUUCAGAAGGAUGGAUUUACGCUUGCCACAGUGCUAAAGCCAGAUGAGGGGACAGCCGACUUGCCCGCAGGAAGGGUACGGCUUUGCAUCGAUGCUGACAAAACAAUCACUGAGGUGGAUGAGGAGUAUGUUCAUCGGGCCAACGCCCCCGAGCUGGACCAGGUUGAAGACCUGACUUCUCUCAUCAGUGUCAAUGAAUCCAGUGUCCUGAACACGCUUCUGCAGCGCUACCGGGCUCAGCUGCCGCACACCCGCACGGGGCCGGAUCUGAUCGUCCUCCAGCCCCAGGGGGCCUCAGCUCCCUCUGCAGGGAAGGUGCACAGUGGCCGCCAGGAUGGCCUGCCCACCCACAUUGGCUCCCUGGCCCAUCGGGCAUACUGGGCACUGCUGAGCCAGCGGAAAGACCAGAGCAUCGUGGCCCUUGGCCGGAGUGGUGCAGGGAAGACCACCUGCUGUGAACAGGUCCUGGAGCACCUGGUGGGGAUGGCAGGCAGUGUGGAAGGCAGGGUCUCAGUGGAGAAGAUCCGAGCCACCUUCACCAUCCUCCGGGCCUUCGGCUCUGUAUCAGCAGGCCACAGCCGCCACGCCACCCGGUUUGCCAUGGUCAUGUCACUGGACUUCAAUGCCACAGGCCGAAUCACGGCUGCUCAGCUGCAGACAAUGCUUUUAGAGAAGAGCCGUGUGGCACGGCAGCCAGAAGGGGAAGGCAACUUCCAGGUUUUCUCCCAGAUGCUAGCGGGUUUGGACCUGGAUCUCAGGACAGAGCUGUACCUGCAUCAGAUGGCGGACAGCAGCUCCUUUGGCAUGGGUGUGUGGUCCAAGCCUGAAGACAAGCAGAAGGCAGCAGCUGCCUUUGCCCAGCUCCAGGGUGCCAUGGAGAUACUGGACAUCUCGGAGAGCGAGCGGAGGGCCAUUUGGCGGGUGCUGGCAGCCAUCUACCACCUCGGCGCGGCAGGGGCCUGCAAAGUGGGCCGGAAGCAGUUCAUGCGGUUUGAGUGGGCAAACCACGCGGCCGAGGCCCUGGGCUGUGAGUAUGAGGAGCUGAACACAUCCACCUUCAAGCACCACCUGCGGCAGAUCAUCCAGCAAGUGACGUUUGGCUCAGGCAGACGGGGUCUCGAGGAGGAGGAGACUGGCUCAGGGCUCAAGAUGACAGGCGUGGAGUGUGUGGAGGGAAUGGCCUCGGGCCUGUACCAAGAGCUGUUCGCUGCUGUGGUCUCACUCAUCAACAGAUCUUUCUUCUCCCACCAUCUCUCCAUGGCUUCCAUCAUGGUGGUGGACUCUCCAGGCUUCCAGAAUCCCCGGCACCAGGGCAAGGACCGGGCGGCCACCUUUGAGGAGCUGUGCCACAAUUAUGUCCACGAGCGCUUACAGCUAUUGUUCUAUCAGAGGACCUUUGUCUCCACGCUGGAGCGAUACCGAGCGGAAGGUGUUCCUGUGCAGUUCGACCUCCCAGAAGCCUCCCCAGGGCCCACCGUGGCUGUCGUGGAUCAGAAUCCCUCCCAGGUCCGCUUACCAGCUGGAGGAGGUACCGAGGAUGCAAAGGGCCUUUUCUCUGUCCUGGAUGAAGAGGUCCGAAUGGAGGGUUCCAGUGACAGCACGAUCCUGGAGCGCCUGUGUGCGGCCUUUGAGAAGAAAGGAGCUGGGGCUGAAGGGACCUCUGCCCUGCGCACCUGUGAGCAGCCCUUGCAGUGGGAGAUUUCCCACCAGCUGGGAUGGGACCCCGUGCGCUAUGACCUCACCGGCUGGCUCCACAGAGCCAAGCCCAAUCUUUCAGCCCUCGAGGCCCCCCAGAUCCUGCAGCAGUCGAAAAGGGAGGAGCUGCGGAGCCUAUUCCAGGCCCGGGCCAAGCUGCCUCCCGUGUGCUGGGCUGUGGCAGGGCUGGAGGGCACCUCCCAGCAGGCCCUGAAGAGGAGCCGCGUGGUGAGGAGGACAUUCGCCGGCAGCCUUGCGGCAGUGAGGAGGAGAGCCCUGUGCUCGCAGAUCAAGCUGCAGAUGGAUGCCCUGACCAGCAUGAUCCGACGGUCAUGUCUACACUUUAUCCACUGCCUGGUGCCUAACCCUGUGGUGGAAAGCAGAGACGGGCAGGGGUCUUCAGUGCCGCUGGAGCCUGGUGGAGACAAGCCAGGGACAGCUGGGCUUCUGGCCCCCGACAUCCCAGCUCUGAGGGUGCAGCUCGCAGGGUCCCAAAUUCUGGAAGCUCUACGUCUGCACAGGACAGGCUACGCUGACCACAUGGGGAUCACUCAGUUCCGCCAACAAUUCCAGGCACUGGACCCUCCACUCCUGAAGAAGCUCAUGUCAACCUCCGAGGGAAUAGAUGAGAGGAAGGCUGUUGAAGAGCUCCUGCAGACCCUGGACCUGGAGAAGAAGGCGGUCACCGUGGGGCACAGCCAAGUUUUCCUCAAGGCGGGCGUGGUCUCCAGGCUUGAGAAGCAGCGAGAGAAGCUGGUGUCUCACAGCAUCGUUCUCUUCCAGGCAGCUUGCAAGGGCUUUCUGUCCCGCCAGGAAUUCAAGAAGCUGAAGAUUCGCCGACUGGCUGCUGGAUGCAUCCAGAAGAAUGUGGCUGUGUUCCUGGCGGUCAAGGACUGGCCAUGGUGGCAGCUCCUUGGUUCCCUCCGGCCCCUACUGAGUGCCACCAUCGGGAAUGAGCAGCUCCGAGCCAAAGAGGAGGAGCUAAGGGUGUUGAGACAGAAACUAGACAAAGCAGAGAAGUCCCGGAGUGAACUCCGGCAGAACGCAGACCUGCUGGAGAGCAAGAUUGCAGACUUGACCACAGAGCUUGCUGAUGAGCACUUUAAAGGGGAUGUGGCCUGCCAGGUGCUGGAGAGUGAGCGGGCAGAGCGGCUGCAGGCCUCCCGGGAGGUCCAGGAGCUCAAGAGCAAGUAUGAGCAAGUGCAGAAAAACUUGGAAGAUGUGCAGAAAAGGUUAGAAGAAGCACAACAGAAAAUUCAAUUGAAUGCUUUGGAAAGGAAUUGCACUGGAGGAGCAGAUGAGUGGCAGAUGCGCUUCGACUGUGCCCAGAUGGAGAACGAGUUCCUCAGGAAGCGUCUACAGCAGUGUGAGGGGAGGCUGGACUCGGAGCUGACCUGCAGGAAGGAGCUGGAGCAGAAGCUCACGGAGCUGCAAAGCGCUUACGAGGGGGCCAAGAAGACAGCUCACCAACUGAAGAGGAAGAGCCACCAUCUGACCUGUGACCUGGAGGACACCCGUGUCUUGCUGGAAAACCAGCAAAGCCGCAACCACGAGCUAGAGAAGAAGCAAAAGAAGUUUGACCUGCAGCUGGCCCAGGCCCUGGGGGAGUGUGUGUUUGAGAAGGGCCUCCGAGAGAAGGUGACCCAGGAGAACACCAGUGUCCGCUGGGAGCUAGGCCAGCUUCAGCAGCAGUUGAAGCAAACAGAGCAGGAAACCUUGCAGCUGAAGCAGGAGGUGGAGAUGCUGCAGGAGCAGAAGCGGGAGCUGCUGAAGUCACCCACUCUGGGGGAAAAUAGCGUCGCUGCCUUGAAGGAGAGGCUCUGGAAGCUGGAGGCUGGUGCUCUUGAACAGCAGAAAAUCCAGAACCAGCAGAAAAACACCAUCAAACAGCUGGAACAGCUCCGCCAGAGGUUCGAGCUGGAGAUUGAGCGGAUGAAGCAGAUGCAUCAGAAGGACCGUGAGGACCAGGAGGAAGAACUGGAGGAUGUCCGUCAGUCCUGCCAGAAACGGCUUCGUCAGCUGGAAAUGCAGCUGGAGCAAGAAUAUGAAGAGAAGCAGAUGGUCCUCCAUGAGAAGCAGGAUUUGGAAGGCUUGAUUGGAACCCUUUGUGAUCAGAUCGGCCAUCGGGACUUUGACGUGGAGAAGCGUCUUCGGAGGGACCUCAAGAGGACACAUGCACUACUGUCAGAUGUGCAGCUCCUUCUGGGCACCAUGGAGGAUAGCAAGACCUCAGUCAGCAAGGAGGAUCUGGAGAAAGUGCACAGCCAGCUGGAGCAGAGUGAAACCAAGUGUGAGGAGGCCUUGAAGACCCAGAAGGUGCUCACGGCGGACCUGGAGAGCAUGCACAGUGAGCUGGAGGGCAUGACCCGGAGCAAAAGCCUGGUGGAUGAGCAGCUGUACCGGCUGCAGUUGGAGAAAGCAGACCUCCUGAAGCGCAUUGAUGAGGACCAGGAUGACCUGAACGAGCUGAUGCAGAAGCACAAGGACCUCAUUGCACAGUCUUCUGCUGACAUUGGGCAGAUCCAGGAACUGCAGCUGCAGCUGGAGGAAGCCAAGAAGGAGAAGCACAAGCUUCAGGAGCAACUACAGGUGGCUCAGAUGCGCAUCGAGUAUCUGGAGCAGUCCACUGUGGAUCGAGCCAUCGUCAGCAGGCAGGAGGCGAUCAUCUGUGACCUGGAGAACAGGACGGAGUUCCAGAGAGUGCAGAUUAAGAGAUUUGAGGUCCUGGUGAUCCGACUUAGGGACAGCCUGAUCAAGAUGGGCGAGGAGCUGUCACAGGCAGCGGCAUCUGAGUCCCAGCAAAGGGAGAACAGCCAGUAUUACCAGCGGCGCUUGGAGGAGCUGAAGGCGGAUAUGGAAGAACUGGCGCAAAGGGAGGAGGAGGCCAGCAGGCGGUGCAUGGAGAUGGAGAAGUACGUGGAGGAGCUUGCAGCCGUGAGGCAGACCCUCCAGACAGACUUGGAGACGUCCAUCCGGCGGAUUGCUGACCUGCAGGCAGCCUUGGAAGAGGUGGCCAGUGAUAGUGAUACGGAGAGUGUCCAGACAGCAGUGGAUUGUGGCAGUGGUGGCAGAAAAGAGAUGGAUAAUGUCUCCGUCCUCAGCUCCCAGGCAGAGGGCAGUCUGCAGUCCUGGAGGAGCUGUACUCUGUCACUGGCCACAGAUCCUGUGAAGAGCCCCUCUCGACAGUCAAUCACCAGCAGUCACAUCCUCAGCCCCAGAAUGAACGAAGAGGCCGGGGAUGCUGAGACCACCCAGCCAGUAUCUGCACUGCGCAGAGCCCAGGCUGCCCGUAGCACGAUCUCCGGGGACAAGUCUGUCUCUCCCCACUCGGUCCGCCAGAAAAAGUACUGUCAUUUUGGGGAUGGUGAAGGGUUCGGUGUUGAGAGAAAGUCCAUGGAGAGAUUAGAAGCUCCAUCUUCCUCCAAGGAGUCUCACAGUAGAGAUACAUCCCCGCUGUCGAGGGGAGGAAAGCUGCCCAGUCCUUCAGCGGCCCUCUCGGAGUUUGUGAUAGGUCUCCGGAGAAAAAGAGCCCAGAGAGGCCAGGGGUCCAUGCUGGGGCUGGAGGACUGGCCCACCCUUCCCAUUUACCAGACCACGGGGGCUUCCACGCUAAUGAGGGGCAGGGCCAGCAGUGACGAGGGAGACCUCUCACUGAGGUAUGGGACAAAAUCACCCGUGGAAAUGGAAGGGGCCUCAGGAUCCCUCCCCCGAUCCACCAGUCUGAAAUGCAUCUCUUCAGAUGGAGUUGGGGGCACAGCCCUGCUACCUGAGAAGCCAAAGACCCGGUUCAGUUCCUGCGAGUCCCUCUUAGAAUCCACACCAAACUUGGGGAGAAAACUGAGCUCCCCGAGUGCACCCAGGGACACACUCUCAUCGCCCACGCUGCGUCCUAGGAGGCGGUGUCUGGAGUCCUCAGUGGACGACGCAGGCUGUCCAGACCUGGGAAAGGAACCACUUGUCUUCCAGAACCGCCAAUUUGCCCACCUGAUGGAGGAGCCUCUAGGCAGUGACCCCUUCACCUGGAAGCUCCCCAGCCUCAACUACGAACGCAAGACCAAAGUGGACUUUGAUGACUUCCUUCCAGCCAUCCGGAAGCCUGAGACACCUACGUCCUUGGCCAGAGCGGCCAAAGAUGGGCAGGACAGUUUGAGGCAUUCAAGUGCUCACUUUGAGAUGGAAGAUACUGACCGUUCCCUCCUCUCAGGGAUCAAGACUAUUUUGAAAAAGAGCCCAGAGCCCAAGGAGGACCCUGCUCACCUGUCUGACUCAUCUUCGUCCUCCAGCUCCAUCGUGUCCUUCAAAAGCGCCGACAGCAUUAAGAGUCGACCGAGAGUCCCACGACUAGCUGGUGAUGGUGGUGAGCAAACGUCCUCCGAGCACAGAGAGCCAGAGACGGGGAGCAAAGCCGAUGACGUGGAGAGCAUAAUGAAGAAGUAUCUCCAGAAGUAGCAACCAGCUCAGCCUCCUGAGAUGCAGCUGCCCUUGAAGACUUCUGACUCCACAAUUGUUUGGAGAGAGACUGACCAGGUCUCCCAUGGGCCCUCAGCCUGGAGCCAGCCAGCAAGGCUGCCAGCAAGAGGAAAGAUGGGCCCACAGAGGCAGAUCCCAUGGGAUCACUGGGCUUCCCGCAUGCUUGGUCUGAACAAAAUAAAGUGUUGGCUC